CGCAGGGUGAGUGUGUGUGAGUGUGUGUAUCUGCAGUCAGUCAGUCUCCGCGCACCGGGAAGCAGCAGCAGCAGCAUCAGAGCCGUUUGAUCUGAAAUGACGACAGAGCCAGAGGGUAAACCAGAGCAGCAGGGGGCGUGUGCGGCUCCGCCCCAUUCAGCCCCACCCCUCGACAACCAGCUUCCUCCUGCCGCCGCCCACAGCACACCUGUGAAGAAGGAACAGGCUGGGGAGCGUGAGGUGGGCGGAGUCCCGCAGGGGAAACCCAAUCAGCUUUCAGCAGAGGACGACGGCUCCUCCCACUGGUCGUCCUCCAGUAAACUGAACCGAUCGCCUGCCAAGAUCAGCAAGAAACCCAAAAACAUGCAGUGCAAGAUCACACUGCUGGACGGCUCCGACUACACCUGCGUGGUGGAGAAGCGAGAUAAGGGUCAGGUUCUGUUCGAUAAGGUGUGUGAGCAUCUCAAUCUCCUGGAGAAGGAUUACUUCGGCGUCACCUUCCGCGAUGUGGAGAAUCAGAAGAACUGGCUGGAUCCUGCCAAAGACAUGAAGAAGCAGAUCCGAGGUGUGGCCUGGAACUUCUCCUUCAACGUGAAGUUUUACCCUCCGGAGCCGGCGCUGCUGUCUGAAGACAUCACCAGGUAUUACCUGUGUCUGCAGCUGAGGGAUGAUAUCUCGUCUGGUCGUCUGCCCUGCUCUUUCGCCACACACACUGUUCUGGGCUCGUACACGGUGCAGUCGGAGCUGGGCGAUCACGACCCGGAGGAGUGCGGCUCAGAGUACGCCAGCGAGUUCCGCUUCGCCCCACAGCAGACCAAAGAGAUGGAGGAGAAGAUCAUCGACCUGCACAAGAACUACAAAGGAAUGACGCCAGCUGAAGCUGAGAUGCAUUUCCUGGAGAAUGUGAAGAAACUCUCAAUGUAUGGAGUCGACCUGCAUCAUGCAAAGGACUCUGAGGGGGUGGAGAUCAUGCUGGGCGUGUGUUCGUCAGGCCUCCUCAUCUACAGAGACAGACUCCGCAUCAACAGAUUCGCCUGGCCCAAAGUGCUGAAGAUCUCCUACAAACGCAAUAACUUCUACAUCAAGAUCCGCCCCGGAGAGUUUGAGCAGUUUGAAAGCACAAUUGGCUUUAAACUCCCAAACCACAGAGCGGCCAAGAGACUGUGGAAGGUGUGUGUGGAACAUCACACAUUUUUCAGGUUGGUGCUGCCUGAAACUCCCCCUAAGAAGUUCCUGACUCUGGGCUCUAAGUUCCGCUACAGCGGCCGGACGCAGGCUCAGACCAGACGUGCCAGCUCACAGAUCGUCCGGCCAGCACCAUACUUCCAGCGCUCCUCCAGCAAACGAUACACCAUGUCCCGCAGUCUAGACGGAGAGAUGGGCACAGCGUUGUACGGUGCAGCAAAAGGCAUUGCCAUGAGUGACCUGAUCACCACAGUGACCCCGGAGAAGAAGGUGGAGGAGGAGCCGCAGCCACAGAAACACACACAGGCGGACAAACAGAUGCUGAAGCAGACACCGAUGCAGACGGAGACAGAGACAGAGACGGACACACACACGCAGACGCAGACGGUGCUGGUGGAGAACGUGAUGAUUCUGGAGGACGAUGACGAAAGCACCAGAGCCACAGAGCUGUCACUGCCCAGCCCAGCAACACCAGCACGCCUCGACACACGGACUGAUCUGACAGACACUGCUGUAGAUGGAGAACUGACCGCUACUGAGUCGGAUCAGGAGGACGAGUCUGAAGCGAAGACCAAGGAGGCGGAUCUGACGCCGGACGAGCAGCUGAAGCCACAGACCAACAUCAGUGAGCUGAAGAGGACAUUCCUGGAGGGUGGAGCCGAGCCGGCGGGCCUCACCGAGUGGGAGAAGCGUCUGUCCUCGUUUGUCUUCAUUGCACUCUUCUUUCCCACUUCGCCUGAUGUUUUGGCAGUGAAGUUAUGA